AUGGCAGAGGAGAAUAAGACAUUGGUGACAGAAUUUGUUAUUACCGGACUUACAGAUCUCCCUGAGCUUCAGAUCCCUCUCUUCUUGCUGUUCUUAGUGAUCUACCUCAUAACCAUGUUGGGGAAUAUUGGACUGGUUGUACUUGUUUGGAUGGACUCUCACCUUCAUAUCCCCAUGUAUAUAUUCCUCAGUAGUUUAGCUUUUUCAGAUGCAUUGACUUCCUCUUCAGUAACUCCUAAGAUGUUGGUGAAUUUCUUAACUAAGAAUAAAAUUAUAUCCCUUUCAGAAUGCAUGACCCAAUUUUAUUUUUUUGGUGCCAGUGCAAGCGCAGAAUGUUUCCUUUUGGCAGCAAUGGCAUAUGACCGAUAUGCAGCCAUAUGCAAUCCCCUACUUUAUCCAGUGAAGAUGUCCAAUAGACUGUGCAGACAGUUGGUGAUUGCUUCCUAUACACUUGGCUUUCUUAAUCUCAUGAUUCACGUGGGUUUAUUGUUUAGAUUAACCUUCUGUAAAUCAAAUAUAAUACAUCAUUUCUUUUGUGAAAUUUUACUAUUAUUUAGGAUUUCUUGUAUUGACCCAUCUCUUAAUUUACUAGUGGUUUUCAUUUGCUCUUUCACUUUAAAUUCCUUCACUAUUAUGACAAUCUUAGUCUCAUAUACAUUAGUCCUCCUUGCCAUCAUGAGAAUUAAAUCUGAACAAGGUAGGAGCAAAGUCUUCUCCACCUGUAGUGCUCAUCUCUUCUCUGUCUCUUUAUUCUAUGGCACACUUAUUAUUAUGUAUGUGUUUCCUGAAUCUGAUGCUACUAACAAUCAGAACAUUAUUUGCUCCUUAUUUUACACAGUGAUAAUACCUCUAUUAAACCCAUUUAUCUACAGUCUGAGAAACAAAGAAGUUCUCAGGGCCCUGAGAAAAAUAAUAAUAAAAAAUUAA